UCACAACAUGUGGUUCUAUUCUUCAUCUUUCUAAUGAGUGGUGUGUAGCCUCUGUACUUUUGUUCAGGAAGUCUUUUGGAAGCACUUGAUUGUGAUACGCUCAUUCCAGACCUGCGCCCUCAGUUGUUGUUAAAGUAAUCACUAUAGUUCUUCUGUUACAGCUCUAACAAUGUUUAUCAUCAAUUGCUGCUGAUUUCCUUAACAUUCAACACAAGUGUUUUUUUUCCUCAUCAUGUCACCAAGCAUAGCGAAAUUUUCCAAUUGUUUCGUUGUCAUGCAGCCAGUUGAGUGAUUGGCAGUACAAUGUUGGUAUUGAUGCAAAGUUCAUGCGCCAGUGUGUCAACAGACCAAAAAAAAAUGCCUAUUGCCCGUGUUGCUGUGUGGGUUGCAGCAUUUGGUCAACAUUCAGCCAGCUAAAAAGUCUCAUUUUGAUUGGCUGGUUCAUGGAAUUUUUGAUUCUACACAAUAAGGCUUUACAAAGAUGAAUUCAGCUUUCUCAUGUGUAUAUUUUCUAUGAAUGGACGGCAGCCUCCAGUUUUUGUAACAGGAGUGAAAUAAGUGGGUGGGUUUACAAGAAUCCAGCCCCCCCUCCCCUCUCUUUGCCCACUUUCUGUCCCUCCUCUCCGCCCUCCUCUCCCACAACACCGAACACAGGCAGAGAGAACAGACGAGACGAGAGAGCUGGAGAGCAAAGUGACGUGACCAAGGAGAAGACAAAGAAAAGUGGAGGCAGUUUUUGCUCUAUUCAGGACAUAGCACAUCUUGUUGAUUUAUUUUAAUGUUUCUUCUGGGUUUUUUUUUUUAUCUACAAGACCUCCAACAUCCCUUGGUUAAGCUUUUGUUGGGUCUCAAAUGACAACAGCUUCUACCCAAAAGCAUUUGUCAACGGACUGCUAGAGCAAUGUGAAUGGGUAGUCAUUGAAGAGAGGAGCAUAGCUGUUUUUCCCAUGGAUGUUUUGUUGUCCGCUCUCCUCCCUCCAUUUGCUUUCUUUUGUAUCAGCGCGCCCUCCCUCUUUCCCUUUUUCCUUCGCUUGGCUGCACAGGCUUUUUUUUUGUGAUACAUCAGCUCCUUCCCAAAGACCUCUUUGACCUGUACCAACAUUGUUGUCCCCUAGACUUGGUCCUGCUGCUUGAGAAUUGGUCACCCAAUUUCUCUGCACUGCUACGUUUAGUUUUAUGCAUUUGUGCCAGGUAUACAGUAUUUGCGGUCCAAUGACUUGCUGUGCUGUAACACAUUUUUUCGUGAUUUUGUGAUUAUUUUUGGUCAUGUCACCAGCGACAUGGCCAUGAAUGUAUUCCCCCCACACACACAAAAUGGUGGUUGUUUGAUUUUCAGUAAUUGACUUGAAAUAUUGGUUCUGCAGAAUGGAAUUCACGUGAUAAGUUGCAAGCAAGAACCCUCGAGUCUUUUACCUGCAGGCUCCAACAUCCAUCUUGCUUGUUUUCAACUCAGCCUUGUAGAUAAAAUUAUCGCUUGUUUUUUUUGUCCGCCACCCAAUGUGGUGAGGAUGAAGAAGACACACAGCAGCGCUUUGAGGCGGGCAUGGCCCAGCUCUGAACUGUCAGAGCGGCUACUGUCACCACCAGCCUGUGCAGAGCCUCACAGGAGCCGACGCUCUCACAGUGAAAAGGACUACAGAAUCCACAAACACAGGAAGAAGAGCCACUAUCCUCCACAGUAUGUGUGUCAGAGUCCACCUGCUUACUUUCAUCCAGGUGAUGUGUCACCCAUCAGUAUGUCCCCUAUCAGCCAAUCCCAGUUCAUCCCUCUGGGAGAAGUACUGGUAUUGGCUAUCUCUGCUAUGAACUCUGCGCAUAAGCCAGUCACUCAGGAGGCCCUAACGGAACACCUGCAGACAUGUUUUCCAGGUGUUCCUACACCAACAGAAGAGGUCCUGCACCACACACUCAACAUGUUGGUCCGUGAACGCAAGAUCUACCCAACACCCGACGGAUAUUUUAUUGUAACUCCUCAAACUUACUUCAUCACUCCAAGCCUAAUCCGAACCAGCUCCAAGUGGUACCACUUAGAUGAGCGAUCUGCUGAGCGGCACCAACAGCAACAACAGCAGAAUCAGCAGACACAGUGCACCUCCCCUCUCUCUGGCACCAUCACCGCAUCCACAUCAGGCGGUGUGCGAGAUAGAAGUCAUCCAAAAUCCAACCAGAACCACAGCGGGGGUGGGGGUGGCGCAGUCGUGGAUACCUUUUAUAAUAACACCUAUCGUGGAGACGACCCCCCCAGUCACCAUACUACUCUGCAGCUCAGAUCCCCCAAAGACCACCGGGAGGCAUAUUCAUCACCACACUCUCCCCAGUCACCUCCUCAGCCAGCGGCAGGCAACACAGAAAAAACCCGCAGUACCCUCGGGUUCCCCUUCAAGACGGACACGCUCACAAAGCAUCGUGGAGGAGGCGCAGGAGGGACCGGUGAGCUCGAGAAGCAACCGGGAAGUGGUACAGCAAGUCGUAAGUUCGGUUUGAAGCUCUUCCGUCUCAGCUUUAAGAAGGACAAGACAAAGCAGCUAGCCACCUUCUCUGCACAGUUCCCCCCUGAGGAGUGGCCCCUCCGUGAUGAAGAGGCACCCAGCCAGCUCCCGCGUCAUAUAGAAAUAGAAAUUAUCCGCAGAAUUAACCCCGAUCUCACAGUAGAAAACCUUGCUCGGCACACAGCAGUCAUGAAACGUCUUGAAGAGGAGCGUGCACAGAGGAGCAAAGCAUCGUCAGCCAAUCACAGUUCAAGAAGCAGAAGAAGUGGUGGAAGGCAUAGGAAGCAGUCUCAGACCAAACUUAGCCGCUCACAUAGUAAGACAAGGGUGUCUCGGGGUGAGCAGAGCGAGAGUUCCCAUUUGGAACUAACCGACAGGGACUACAGAGCUUACUCAUCGUCACUGGCUCGGUCACCGAGGGAACAUGCUUUGGCUAUGGAGCGGCAGCGGACGCGUCUUCAUUUGGCACAUAGCAACCCUAACAUCCUUGACUCCUCCCACCUACCUGUCACACCAGAAUGGGACGUGUCCGGAGAGCUUGCUAAACGACGGACAGAAAUGCCUUUCCCUGAGCCGAGCCAUGGACCAUCGGCGCACCACUCCAAAGUCCACCGUUCGCACUCACACACGCAGGAAAGGAAGUCUAGAAAUGAACGCAGCGAUAAAGCCAAGGAACGCUCCAGAUCCAUGGAAAAUUCAAAAGGACCUCUUGGAACUGGUUUAAUUGGACCACCCGGUUACUACGACGAUCGAAGUCGUUACUAUACUGAUGAUGGAACUUUACGAGCCAAUCAGAGCUCAUGCCACUACCCUCACGCCACUGCUCCCUCGGCUAAGCUGCCUGGGGAGUCACUAGUGUUAGAUGGUGGCAGGAGUUUAGAGAAAUGUAAGAGUCGGGACAGUCUGCCAGCAUACUCUCCUAAAACACAGCACAACUCUAUCCCUCCAGACGGCUACUUCCAGUGCUCCGGAUCUUCUGAGGCUAUACUCACAGCACCAAACCCACUGGGAACUCUUGGCAAAAGUAGCCAAGAUGGGUUGAAAUUGGGCUGCACUGACAGGCAAACAGAAAGACAAACACCAGAAGUGAAGGAAGACUUCUCAAAAGUGGGACCUAAAGGUGGCAGCCUGCCUCCAAUACCUCUCUCGGUGCCAGAUCCUCCUGUUUUGAACGCGCGACCUCCCCACAGUGCCUCCUGUGGUCAAGAAAAACGUAAGGAGAUUUUUAGUAAAGAUACACUCUUCAAACCACCUCCGAGCCUUCCUUUACCAGGAUACAGCUCCUUGAGGAAAACCCCUGUUCUUGCCUCCUCCACUCUGUCUUCAUCCUGCGAUGCACUUGAUUCCCAGGAGGCCUUUGAUGCUCCCAAACCUCUGGUUGCGACUCCCUCUGCUCCCAUACAGGGGAGCGAGCCCACAACCAGUGCUGCAGAGGCCUCCUUUGACUAUUACAAUGUUUCAGAUGAUGACGAACUUGAGGAGGGAGGAACUAAAAGUAGAGGAGAGGAUGGCAAAACUGGUGGAGGAGUUGUUGGAAUGGGAGGUGGUGGAGCAGGCACCAUGCAAUGGUUGUUGGAGAGAGAAAAGGAGAGGGAUCUACAAAGAAGGUUUGAAAGAACCCUUACUUUCCCUGGUGCUAAAGAGAACCUUCCAGAACCCAGCCAGAACCAGCAGUCGGUGCAUUCUGUCAGACUGGACAGCAUGGACUCCAGCUCAGUUACUGUUGACAGUGGAUUCAACUCGCCAAGAACAAGGGAGAGCCUCGCAUCGAACACCUCGUCCAUAGUGGAGAGUAAUCGACGGCAGAAUUUGGCUCUGAGCCCCGGCCACCUUGGGAUUACAAAUAGCAAUGGUCCACCUUUCUCAUUCCGUGCCAUCCCUGAACCAGCUGGCAGCCAACCGAAAAAACUCCAAAAGCCCAACGCCUGCCUUGCAUCAAUCACCAGCGUCUAAAGGCCAUGACCAAGGACAAGAAGAAGUCCUGUUCCGAGGACUGUUAAACAUGCAGACUGUCACAUGGACUGAAUCAGUGGAGCCGCCACGAGACCACUGUGGAACUAUAGCUGUUAAUACACACAUUGACACAUUUUACAAAGGAAUUUAGACCACCAUAAGACUUCUCUCUUCUCUCAUCAACACACACCAUGCCGUUGGGCAGACUAACCAUGUCAUUUCAUAGCCUUCUGUUUACAUAGCGCUUUGUGUUCUUUCACUUACGUGGGUUCUACUUUGUGUGCGUGUGCGUGUGUGAGUGCCUGCGUGCAUGCGCGUUUUUGCGACUUAGUUUUGUGUGUGUGUGCCAUGUGGGAUAUGAUUGUGUACCAGUAAUCUGGAAUCUCAGGUCAUUUAAUUCCAGUCCCAUUCCAUCUGCUCCGUAUCAGUGCAACUCCGGCCGAUGGUGUGUUUACUCAUCAAAGGGUCUGAGGCUCUACUAACUAUUGUUAGCCUACACACAUCCACUGAUCAGUUUUUAGAGCAUCUUGAACCAUCAGUUUGCUUGAAUACUAGGAUAUUCAAUAUAUAGUUCAAUAUAUAAUUGAUGACAAAUAUCAAAAAUGUGAGCCAUACAGAUGGUGAGAUAUAGAAUGUGUACCAAACAGGUAAAUUUAAUUGAGGUGACGGAUUGAAGUGUUUAAAUCUUGAUCAACCACGACGCUGGAGUUCAAACACAGAACAGAUCCUGUUGUAGUCACAGACAUGCAAAGGUUUACAGUAUGUUUUAAUGGUGAAAAACUUCCACAGUCAGUUAGAUUCCCUAAUGACUUAUGUGAGGGCACUUCUAAAACAUUCAGAAGGUGAAAUUGAAUAACUGAGUUUACCACAGGUAAGGUUAGGAAUUGUACAGCCGACUCACAACAAAUGUACCAACAAUUUCUCGCUUCUGCUGUGUUCUGUACAUCAAAACCUGAAAUCAGCCCGCAGAAAGAUUGCAGCUUUUAGUCAGUUGCAAAAGUUUCCUUCCUUUAUGAAUCCAAACUAUAUAGUAAGUCCACUGGAUGCUGCUGCCUCAUGUCUAAAUAGUUGGCUUGGGUCCUAUAGGUGUCGCCAUAACACAUAUUAGAAACCAUUCAACAUUCGUUUUUAGGUUAUAGUCUGGUGGUGUAUGUCAAAUUGGUAAUUUCUGCUGCCAAAAUUGAUUUUAUUGUUUUGGGAGCUCAGCUGGUGUCACAAAAUAUAUUGGAAUUAAAAUGUUCCCAUCCCUCAGCCUCAUAUUAGGUUAUCAUUUCAGCAAUCUUUUCAUUGGCCUGCUCCAAUGCAAUAUAGUGACCCUUGGAAGUUACUCACAAUCACAAACGCUAUGGCUAAACCCAUGUUUUUAAAUAUGAGGAAUGUCCUGGUGUGAUCAUAUUUCAAUUGUGGAUGUUUUACUAAGUUUAACAACCCAGUAGUUUCACCGGGGUAGAAGUUAAAUAAAGAAAACACGCACACCUUUGUUAGCACAUAAUAAAAUCUUAUAUUUUCUGCCAGCCGUAUUGGAUUUUCAAUAUGGCAGCCACUCCAUAAUCAUUUAAAUAUAUACCAUGACAUUAUUUAUUAGGGGUGUAAAUCGCGGGUUUUGUCACGAUACGAUAUCAUUUCGAUACAAAGAACCGCGAUCCGAUAUUUGCCGAUAUCUUAAAGCCUGCUGUGAUUCAUUCACGAUACAUCACGAUAUAGUGCUCUACGAUCGAUACAGAACAAUAUCCUGAGUUAUAACAAUUCAUACGCAAAAUCAACAAGGUACUGCAACCCUUUUAUUUAGGAAAUUACAAAGUGCUUCCAAACGAAUGACUUGAAGCCCAAAGGCGAGCGAAUUUCCUCGUCUUCUUGGACACUAGCCAUAGCACCAGCCCAGGAGCCGCGUAGUUGUCGGCUCCCCUUUCACGUGCCUGCUCUGCUCACAACACAACACGCUGCGCACUGCUCCCGGAAAGAGGAAGCAAGCAACAAUGAACUGGAUUUCAAAAUACAGUUGUGUCUAAUGUCCGAGGUCAAAAACGGGCGAUAUAGAUCGAUGUUUACGUUUAGCAUCGAUGCCAACAAAUCGUAGAGCAUUAUAUCGAUUAAUCGAUGUGUAUCAAUGAAUCGUUACACCCCUAUUAUUUAUACUAACAAAAUAAGUUUAGACACCAAAUUUAUGAUUGUGUGUAUCAUAGAGGGGUCAUUAUCUAGCAUAUUCAACAUGGAGACGUCCAUUUUGAAAAUGAUGUCAUAAGAAUGGUUGAGGGCCAGGAAAAAUUGAACUCCAAAAUUUCAGGCUGUUUUUAACGCCUAAACGUUCUAAAAAAAAAUCAAAUCAAAUUAGGCAAGAACUUUUAAUUUUAGACAUAUUUUUGACAUGCUGCGCCAGACUAUUAUGGUAUUGCUUGUAUGCAAUAUGAGAUUCACAACUGUAUACUUAUCGUAAAUUUGAACCCACAUAAAAUGUGAACAAAUCAAACAUUUGUUGUACAGGCACGACUUAAAGUGGGGUAUCCACGGGGUUGUAAAAGGUAGUAAAUGAAAUUAGUAAAAUAUAACAGGAUUAAAAAGUAGUAAAUGCCAUCUGAAGAGGUAUUACAUUUUUGAACUUCUAUGCAACUUUAAGACUUUUUCCCAUUUGUAUGAAGUGCUGGCCUAUUCCCUAAUGAUCACGCAAUUUCCUUUAUUAUAUAAAUUAUAUGUGCGAGUAGGACCUGUGAACUACAGUAUGUUGUAGUGUGCGGCAUUAAUGCAAUCCUGUGGAUGCCAACAACCAUUAAAUGUUCAAUAAAAGUAUCAAUACUUGUUCAAAGAAAAAAAACAGAUAGACAUACAAGUUCGGUAUUUAGAGAAUGACGGUGUGACGUUCGGAUAUUUUGGUUCCGAAUUCCAGAGACAUGCGAGGGCAGAUAAUCUGUCAGGACAUCAAAAUUAGUAAAUGUAUGUAAAAUUAGUUUCAAUUGUAAGAGAGCAAACUAAAUAUAAUAGAUACAUUCAGGCGGAAGCGCGUUUGUGUUGCGCGUCGACGUAUCCCAAGCAGCAUAAGUAACGUGACACAUUUCACUCUGUAACGGCGUUCAACAAUUAACAUAGUAAUUGAGUAGAUUAUCCGUUAGUGGGAAUCUGUUAUCGCCAUUAUUUCUAACGCCAUUAGUCCCAACACUGUCAGUAAACAAUAAAUAUUUUCAUGGAUUGUUGAUCAUUUUAAUGAUUUAGCCUACUGUUGAUCAUCUGUAAUUGUAGUUAUAAUUUUGGUAAAUGACAGUAAUCUGUAACUUUAUUUAUAACCCAUAGCACUAAAAUUUGAAAGGUUGUCAUAGUUGCAGCUAGAAGUCGUGUUGGGAUUAAAAAGUAUUAAAUUCCACUUGAGAAUUUUUGUAUAUAGCCUGUAAAGGUUUUUGAGCAUAUUUUAUACAUUUCUGAUGUGUAUUAAAAACAAAGAACAUAAAUGUCUCAAUUUGGAACCCAUUCUAAAUACUCAUUACAGCAUUAAACAGUAUGAAUCACAAACAUAAAAACUGUAGUCAAAAAAAACUUUGGUCAUCAGUGUCUUUAGACGCGUGUAGGGUUUUAAUGAAUAAUUCCACUAUCAGUCAAGCUUGAUUAAACACUUCUAGUGCCGAUUGUGUUGAGUAUAUUGUAUCAUGGCAUGAAUAAAUCAGAUGGUCAGGAACAAACUUUAAGUGAUUGCAGAAGCAUUCAGUGGACAUGAAUAAUUUUGACAUGUAACCUACAAAGUUGAUUGCAUGCCAUCGGAGUAUGAACACAUCCAGAGCGUGAUAUCUGAAUGCAAAAUGAGCAGCUGUACUGGUAUUCGAGUGUCCAUUAGGAUUAUGGGAUUGUAUGGUUUUGAAAAUUAACAUGAAUCCAUUUAAGUGUUGUUCACAGAGUGCAGGGUUGUGUUUUUUUCCCCCAGUAUUUAUUAAUACAGAAUGAAACAUUCAUAAAUAUCCAAUUCUUGACUAACUGCGUUUUAAAUUGUGAAAUUCCUGAGCCAUGCUCACUCAUGGUGCUAAAAAUGCAUUAUGGUCACUGAUGAUGAUAUAGUUGGAAUAUAGUAUUAAAUGGCUGCUUACUAGUGAUCAUUUCACCUCCAUACUAAUGGCAAUGAUUAUACUGUAUUUCCUAUUUAAAAAUCGUAUUCGUUUCACACAAGACUGAGCAGGAGGACACGGUGAAUCAUUUGUGUCAUAGUGUGCUAGAUUUUUAAGCCUGCGCUGAAACGAGUCGGGCUGGUCGAUCAUGGGGAAUCCUGUAGUGAUUUCGGUCCAAUCGCGGUCCUGAUCUGAGAUCCAUCCUUCUGCAGGCUCAGGAAGUUUGUCAGCCAUCCUGAUGUUGUCGUCCUACAAGCUCCUCUUCAACUACCUCCACAACAGCAAAAACACAGCCCGUCCUUUCCAUGAUCACACUGUCAUCAGCCUCUGGCCUGUGAAUGUCUGCACAUACAUACAGUACACACUACACAUUCAAGUGCUGGACUCCCUGCCCAUUCUUUUUUUUUUUUUUGUGUUCAGAAACUGUCACAGCGUAGCUGCUAAUAAAAAGCGAGUGAGCCAAGUGCGAAGAUGCACGGAAAAAUCAUCUCAGAUUGGGGAUAUGCACAUUGUAAAGUUCCACUUACAGCUCUCUAGAACACCAAACAACAACAUAUAUAUAUCUAUAUUUUAAAUAACCUUAUGGUGUACUACAGCUUUAUCUUCUCUGUACCAGAGUAUUGAAGUUUGUGUUCUACUAAGACGCUUUGCUUUCAACUCCCCAGAAAGAGGUUUCAAUUCCGUUUAUCCCAGCAUACAAGCUAGUAAUAAAGCCUCUACCAAGCGGUACGGUUCGGUUUGGUACAAUACCCCAAGCAUCAAACCUACAGACACACAAGCUUGCGCUUGAUAAGGGUUAUUGAUCCAUACCACUGAUAUGUACUACUAGGUAAAAUGUUAUUGGAGUACUGCCAUGCAACUAAAUUUUAAACCAUUCUAAACCAGUGUCUGCAAUAUUGCAAAAAUAUAAUGUACAGUAGUUAUUUGAUCCGAAAUCUCAUGAAGCAUUCUCUGCUACAACCAUGAUCACUCGGCCUCUAGUCCGUCAUACAUAGUUGCAGUUGGGCUCAAGUCCCAAGUCUAUGGGAAUGUUUAUCAUCUGUACCUACUCUUGCUUAGUUUCCCGUUCUUUCAAUUAGACACAGUCAUGGUCUAGUUUCAAUUCUAAUUCAUUUUUGUGGUCUCACCUGUUCUGUAAAAUUAUGUACCACUAAUCUUGGAUUAACGACUGAGGUCAGGACUCCAAUGAGACAUUUGAUCCAUAGAAAUACAAGGGUCUAACGCCUAGUUCCAUCUGUAAAAUAGGGCUGUAGUCUCUUGUACGGUGAAGGUCAAGAGGCUCUGUACCUCAUGUCUGAUAUUUGCACUGCCCCGAUUGUCCCAAUCACUAACUGGCCCAAAGGCCAUCCAUCAACUUUAUUGUCCAUCAACCAGCCAUAGGUCAUAUGUAACUGUUCAUCCCUUUUCUACACUGACAGUCCAUGAAAUGUCUUCCCUUAACAUCGGCGGUGCGUUCUAAAACUUGAGGUUCAACAAUAGCAUUGCUUCAAAUGGUGACAUACCUGUAAAUGAUGUUUAUCUGUCAUGCCUAGUCAACUAAUUUAAACAAUAAAAAGAGGGAUUUUUAAAAAAAAUGUCUAUAAUAUCUGGAAGUCCCUUUGGUGUUAGUACUGGUGUUACCAUUGUUGUAGUGUACGUGAUGCCCUAUGGGGAUUGUGUUACUUUUUAAGAUAAUAAAAUAAUGAUGUUUGGUUA